AACUGGUAUAAACAUAAAAAAUACAACGUGCAAACAACACAAACAUGUUUUAAUUAAACCUAGCAUGUAUAUUGUUUAAUGAUUUUUUUAUAUAUAUGAAUAUAAGUAUUGGGUUUAUGACCAUAUUAUGUCAUUCAACGAAGUAAAAACCAAACCGUCGGACCAGAUGAUGAAGUAGAACAUUUUAACGAACCUAGCUCGAUUACCGGUAGGCUGAAAGACCACCAAAGAAAGGAAUACUGGACAACCGCAGAACAUGGAGUUAACCAUUUGAAUAUCAGCAAUGCUCGACUCUGGCAGGACUCCAGGGGUCACUGGUUCGAAACCUGCUCCGGGCAAUCAGUAGGCUAAUGCGUUUUUACUUCACGACUCUGGCAGGACUCCAGGGGUCACUGCCGCUAUGCACAUUGUUUGCGGAUGCGACACAAACGACUAACGACGGUUGGUUAGGAGCUGCUGGAGACACUAUGAGAUAUUUAAUCGUCGAGAAGACUAUGACGUUUGACGAAUGUAAAAAGGAGUGCGUGUCGCACGAAGGAGCGGACAUUGCAGUUCAGUCUGAAGAAGCCCUCAAAAUUAUCCGUGGCCACUGGACUGAUGGAAGUUUAAAGUUUUUAUGGAGCAUUAACCCCAUGCAGAGUGCAACUUGUGGCUUUACCCGGCCUGUUGGUGGGUUCAAUACGGUUUGUCCCGAUCACGCAUUUUGUUUGUGCCAAAAGAAAUCAGAAGCGACACAAUUUCCCACCCGGAAGCCGUCCGCCCCCGCCACUUUUCAGGACUUCUUCAGACCGCCAAAGUUCAGAACGCCCGACGACUCAGCGAGGCUGCAUCAAGUGCAGACGGACUCCAAGCUGGUCUGUGCGGCGAAGUGUCUGCAAAUGACCGGAUGUAGGUCCUUCACACUGCGUCGAAGAGAGAGAACAUGUAGCCUCUUCGAUAAUGACUUUUCGGGAAGUACCGAUGCUGUAGACGCUUUGGACAUGAUGUACUUUGUGAAGCAUAAUUAGGUGUCUUGGUCGUAAUUCUUAACUUGGAUUAGUGUAUACCAUGUAUUGAACAUGACUGCUUGUAAUGUUUUUGAGUAUUAUGCAAUAUCGAUAUGUUAAAAACUGUUGAUGCAGCAUAUAAUAAUAUUAUAUCUGUGUAAACCGUGAAGUUCGAAACGUAUCACAGGGAUGUUCAUAAUCAGCAAUAGGGGCGAAAAUAAGUUAGCAUUUAAAUGGCCGUUUGUAAUAAGGUGAUACAAUCUUCUCUUAAAAAAACAGAGGCUUUUUCACGCUAAAAGUGUAUCGUAUAAACUCGGGUUUGCUCGUGUAGACUUAAUAACAUAUUGUCAAUUCGAAAACAUGUUUAACUAUUAUAUCCACUUCAGGAAAUACUGUCAUUUUUAUCAGUGUUCUAUAUUAUUAGCUGUUACAGAAAAGUAGUUUACGUUGUAUAGUGUUUACGGCAAUAAUAAACGUUUAAACGUUGCAUCUCGUUCAGUUAAUAUCUAGAGUGAACACACCAUAAAUAUAUUUAGUUUAUAACCAACAUAUAUCAUCAAUUAAACGACUGUGGGAUUGGCGCAUGUUUACAUUUAAUUUAACCAUUCGAAUACAUGAAAUUGCCAUAUGAAAUAGUUUGACUUUCAGUUUCACUCCUUUUCAGUCAUAU